GAAGCGAGUGGAAGAGGGCGGAACGCAACGAUCGGAAAAUUUUCAUUGCUUGUUUGAGUACUGGUGAUUAGCCUACAAAGUUUCAAUAGAAUUUUCAAUUCUGCUGAAUUUAUCAUGGUUAUUUGUAUUUUUUUAACGAACAUUUAUAUGAAAGUGCAUUGUAAUUAGAUAUUUUUCAGAAAUCUCAGAGUAUAAACUAAAGUUAAACCGUCACAAUGGUGCAAUCUUCAUCUCCUAUGGUUGUGGUUGCUAACCGACUGCCCUUUAUUGUCAAAAAAGAUGAAAAUGGAGUUUUGGUGCGCAAGCAAUGUGCUGGUGGGUUGGUGACGGCAGUGGCACCGGUGGUGGUGGAGACUAGAGGACUGUGGGUGGGCUGGCCUGGCCUCCACAAGGAGGACAACCUCGAGUACAUCCCCGAGUCCAGCCCCGACGACAAAAGCCCCACCGCUGGACUCAAAAGCGAACAGGUGAUUCCGGUGAUGCUUCCUCGUCAGCUGUUCGACGAUUACUACAACGGCUGCUGCAACGCCUGCUUCUGGCCUUUGUUCCACUCGAUGCCUGACCGCGCUCUCUUCCAGUCCGACAAAUGGCAGGCGUAUUUGACUGCGAACAAAGAGUUCGCUGCUCGCGCUGUUGAUGCCGUUAAGAAGAUUCAUGCGGAGCAGCCGGACGCUGUGCCGCUCGUCUGGAUCCACGACUACCAGCUCAUGUGCGCCGCGAACUUCAUCAGGAAUGGCUGCGAGGCCGAAGGGAUCCAAGUAAAGCUUGCAUUCUUCCUGCACAUACCGUUCCCCUCUUGGGAUAUGAUGCGGCUCUUCCCAUGGGACGAUGAACUUUUGCAGAACAUUCUUGGAGCUGACUCGAUUGGCUUUCAUCUUGAAGAUUACUGUUUCAAUUUCCUUGACUGUUGUCAAAGGAGACUAGGGUGCCGAACUGAUCGACAGAAAAUGCUCAUCAAACACAACGCGCGUCUAGUGACAGUCCAUCCACUCCCCAUUAGUAUUCCGUAUGAGAGGUUCCAGUCGUUGGCCCAAGUAGCCCCAGCUGUGGUCAAAAAUAACCCCGAAGAGCAAAUCUUGCUCGGAGUCGACCGGUUAGAUUACACAAAGGGGCUUGUCCACAGAAUCAAAGCUUUCGAACGAUUUUUGGAGAAGCAUCCUGAACAAAUUGAAAAGGUCGUAUUUAUUCAAGUAGCUGUACCUUCUCGUACAGAUGUGAAGGAGUAUCAAGAAUUAAAAGAAGAGCUGGACAUGGAAAUUGGUAAACUAAAUGGUCGUUUUUCGACUGCCAAUUGGUCUCCAAUACGUUACAUCUACGGAUGCAUCUCUCAAGAACAGCUGGCUGCUUUCUAUCGCGAUUCCUCGGUUGCUUUGGUUGCGCCGCUUCGCGAUGGGAUGAAUCUUGUGGCCAAAGAAUUUGUCGCAUGUCAGACCAAAGAACCAGGCGUCUUGGUUCUAUCUCCGUUUGCAGGUGCUGGGAGCUCUAUGGCUGAGGCACUUCAGGUGAACCCAUACGAAACUGAGCUCUACGCCGACACCAUCAACCGUGCGAUCACAAUGCCGAAAGAAGAGCGUGAGCUCAGGAUGUCACUUUUGAAGAAGCGUGAGCGCGAAAAAGACGUCAACUACUGGCUUGAGUCUUUUUUGGAGAGUGUGAACUGUGAUUGCAAAAACACUUCGGGGAGACUGAGUCCUCUCAGGGAAGAUGAUUUCAGCACUUUCCUAGAAAAUUACGUUACGGAGUCCUCCAGGCUAGCACUCUUACUUGAUUACGAUGGCACUCUUGCCCCCAUCGCUCCUCACCCAGACUUGGCUGUUAUACCCCCUGAAACGAAGAAGGUACUUAUGAGGCUCGCAAAUAUGCCGGACGUCAAGAUAGCCAUUAUUUCCGGGCGGUCUUUGGAAAAUGUCAAGCAAAUGGUUGGCAUUGAGGGACUUACCUACGCUGGUAAUCAUGGUCUCAAAAUUAAACACCCCGAUGGCACCAUGUUCGUACAUCCCGUUCCACACGAAUAUGAAGAAAAAUUGGCCAAGCUUCGAGAAAUGUUGAAACCAGUGUGCACCGAUGGCGCCUGGCUCGAAGAGAAAGGCACAGGAGUCACGUUCCAUUACAGGGAGGUUCCUAAUGCUCUCGAAGCAGAAAUAAUUUCCAAAGCCGAGGAAUGUUUCGACACUGCAGGAAUUGAAGCGUACCACUCACAUCGUGCGCUUGAGGCUCGUCCACCUGUACCUUGGAACAAGGGUCGGGCUGCCAUCUACAUCUUGCGAACACUUUUCGGUGUUGACUGGCUGAGCAGGAUUUCCGUCAUUUUUGCUGGCGAUGACAGAACAGACGAGGAUGCAAUGAAGGCUUUGCAAGGCAUGGCUAUUUCAUUCCGUGUCACUGCAUCGAAAAAUGUAAAAACUGUAGCCAAUCACAGGCUGCCCUCCACCGAUGCAGUUUUUACAAUGCUGAAGUGGAUCGAGCAGCGACUGGGAGCCCGUUCUCUAGAAGAGUCCAAAACUCUCGGACGAACUAAUUCCGUAAGCAAAUCUCCGGCAGGAUCACCUACAAGAAAAUCUAGCCGGAACGGGCAAGCUGUCGAGGAAAUGGUCACAAGCAUGACGAUGAGCGACGACGACUUCAAUCAAAUGAUUACUGUGAAGUCUGUUGUCAACGGUGCGAGCCUAACUGCGUAAAACGAACGUGACGAAUCGCAACUAUUUCUUUUGGUGACUGUUUGCGUGUCGAAUAACUGAUGCCGAAUGAAUUCAUAGUUGAUGUGGGUGGAUAACUGUUAGUUCAUAGUGGGUGUACAUUAUAUGCGUGAUUGUCAACCCAAGUCAAUCGAGUAGUACAAACGGCUGUGCCCCUCAUGCGACCUGAAUUUAGAUUUGGACCUGCAUUUUUUAGAUGUGUACUAUCAGAAUAUUUGUCUGUAGAGGUGCAUUGAUUAUCAUAUUCCUUCGUAAAUAAUUAGAGCCUUCAAACUGAGGGAAAUUAUCGUUGCAGCGGAUGAAAAAAUUUCUUUCCAAUUAUUUUAACUUUGAAAUUGAAAAAUUUUGCGUGGUAGAUUAUAAAAAAAAUUGUAUCGUAAAAUUUGUAUGUUUAAUUCCAAUGAUUAUUGUUAUUAUUAUAACAAUUUAUCGUAUAAAGGAUAAGUUGAAGUGAAUGGGCUGCGUGGCCGUGGCACGUAGGUAGAGUAGGUGCUAGGGCCGUAUAUAUUUAUCAGAAACAGUUAUUUUAUAGAAUGUAUCCACGAAUGAUCGUUGCCAAUGUCGCGGGUCUUUAUAUGCUUUAUAGAUGAAGUAAACUUUUCGAACGUC